UGGAGUCUAGAUUCAUUGAGCAUUUUUGUUCAUUGCAUAUGUUUCCUUUGUUGAGUUAACAGAUUAGUUUGAUUUUCUGUACUUUGUUUCUUCACAAGUUUUAAAGAUGUUUGUACCUUACGUGAUUCUGAUUUGCUUUGUUUUUAUCACAGUGGAAGCUCAAUACAAGGGUGGAGACUGCCCCCCCGCACUACCAGUAGGCGUCUGCUACCCCAGCUGUGGGGGCGACGGUGACUGUGAAGGGUUCUACAAGUGUUGUCCCACCUCUUGUGGCGGUUCUGUGUGUAGCCGUCCAGUGACCGCCCGACGCCUGGCUACAUUGAAGAACGGUGUUUGUCCUCAAGCUCCGACGGGUCCGUGGGUUUGCUCGGACAGAUGCAGCACAGACGCAGAUUGUCGAGGACGUAACAAAUGCUGCCGUAACCGAUGCGGCGCCCUAGCCUGCAUUCCUCCCCAGCAGUACUAGCAACGGCCACUGAAAAUAUGUUAAAACAACAUUGUUUUAUAUUCUCUUUGACAACUACUUUUAUUUAAACUUUGAAUAAUUUGAGAUUUACUUUCUCUUAUCCUAAGUCAGCUUAUUGAACCGUGUAGUGUGUUUUUGUGAAUUUGUCUACUAUAAUAAGAAAUAAAAUUUACUUAGUCAACAAUUUAGAUCAGUGUUU